AUGAAUCUACCUCCGCCAGGGAUUCCAUUUUAUCCUUUGGCCAACCCUAGAGGAACAGAUUACUCGUGCGAAGUAUGUGGCAAGCCAGCGUUACUUCAAUGCUCGUUGUGUCGGGUAACCUACUAUUGUGGAGUGGAACAUCAGAAAAUCGACUGGGUUGGAAUCCAUGAGAAAAUAUGCAACAGUUUAAUCUCGUUGCGCAAACCGAUCCCGUUCAUCGCCUCCGAGGACGAAAGAAGAAAACUCAAGGAUGAGUUACAGAAUAAAAACCUUACCCCGAUUUAUUCCUGUUGUUCUCUUUCACCUAUCAAGAUCAAUAUGGUUGGUCUGACACAACUUAUCGGGCAGAAACUGCUGUUUCAAGGAAAACCAGAAGAAGCAGUUCCGGCCGCCUUGCAGUGUUUGAAGUUCACGGCAGACGCAUACGGUUUGGCCAGUGUCGAGCUUGUUUCUCCUUACCUCAUACUGGCGGAGUCGAGUAUCGGUUUAAAUCGGCUAUGUCAAGCGGAAACCUACUUGGCUCAAGCACAGUGGACCAUGCUCAAAACGCAACACGAGUGUUCUAACGCGAUUCGAUCUCAGCUGCAUCGUAAAUUGGGACUACUUUAUGCGGCCAAAGGCGAUUAUCCGGCUGCACUAGAAAGUUUGGCCAAAGAUGUUUUCUACGCCUCUUGUGAGUUUGGAACAGAUCAUAUCCGUACGGCUGGCGGUUAUUUCCAAAUGGCCGAAGUGUUCCAUGCGAUGCACAAAAAGGAGGAAGAAUCGUGCAAUGAAACAUCAUCCAAACGGCAAAAUGAAUCAAUCGGACUGACGGGACCGUCAGCAACACCAAAAAUUCCCGGUUUCACUAAAUCAUUGACGACCAUGAGUGGUUCAAAAUGUAGUCUCUCCACUCAGCCAUGCCAACAAAUGGUUUUGGGCGAACAAAUGAUGAUUCAACCGCCUGGGGAUAAAAUUCCAGUAGCCGAUAGUCUCUAUUCCCGUGUGGUUGAUAUAUGGGCUGCAUAUUUGGGCGAUAUUGUUCGAAGUUUGAUGUACAAACCGAUUGUCCCCGAGGGAAUCGGAGCUGUAGUGGCCGAGAUCACACAGGAAAACAAACGAACCAUGGAUGAAGCUCAAAAAGCUGAGGCGGAAAAAAUGCUCUAUGCAAUUGAAAGAUAUCGUCACGAUCGCCUCGUCGCUCGGGCUUCAGAGGCAUUCACUCACGGACUGGGUGAACCGGACCCAAAAGUGCGGCUGAUGCUUGCUCUGUCCAUGCUGAAUUUCGUUCUGGAACGGCGAGGAAAGGCAUCUCAAUAUCUGGCUGAGGCAAAGGUGGCCAGCGGAUUCUGCACUCCCCACCCACAACUAACUGCGGAAAUCGAACUGAUGACCAAUGCACUUGAAGAACCCACCACAGCGUGCAAAGGAAUCACAACAGCCACAAAAAUUACCUAA